ACCAAAUUUUUUUGUUCCUUUAAAUAGGCAAGAUAACAGCAUAUCAUUAGUAAAAGCCUGCUGGAACGAACUUUUUACACUGGGUCUUGCACAGUGUUCACAAGUGAUGAAUGUGGCAACUAUAUUAACUGCAUUUGUUAAUCACCUGCAUGGUAGCUUACAGCAAGAUAAGCUGUCCACAGAUAGAGGAAAACUAGUGAUGGAGCAUAUCUUCAAACUGCAAGAGUUCUGUAACAGUAUGGUUAAGCUUUGCCUAGAUGGGUAUGAAUAUGCUUAUCUGAAAGCAAUCGUCCUCUUCAGUCCUGAUCACCCAGGUCUAGAAAAUGUGAUACAGAUUGAAAAGUUUCAAGAAAAGGCUUACAUGGAGUUCCAAGAUUAUGUAACAAAAGCAUAUCCAGAUGAUACUUACAGGCUAUCUAGGCUUCUUCUCCGAUUGCCUGCCCUUAGACUGAUGAGUGCUACCAUCACAGAAGAGUUGUUCUUUGCAGGACUGAUUGGAAAUGUUCAGAUUGACAGCAUCAUCCCAUAUAUCCUAAGAAUGGAGACAGCAGACUACAACUCUCAAAUUAUUGGUCAUUCUGUAUAAAGAUGGAAAACAAGGAUUCUGUGCUGUGGUGAUGUAAAUGUACAUCACCAUGCUAGUUAUGGCAUACUGUCUCCAAGAGAUGGCAAGAAGCCUUCCCCAGCAACUUUUAAAACUUUAAAGAAGGCUAAAAUUCCUCCUUUCCAGUACAUUUGGGAAAUGCUGCAGAGUGUCUUGAGGGAUACAGGAUGACUUCCUUUUUUCUUCUGGUUUUCAAGGACUUGUAAAUUAUCUGGCAUUUAAUGAAAAUCAAAAAUUAUCUACCGUAUUUUUGUAGAUAGAUGAACCUGGAAUUUUGUUUAUGAAGUCCAAAAUGAAUAGGAAAAUCCAGCCUGGUGAAGAAGAGUGUUGACUGAAUUAAGGUGUCACUACUUAAUUUUAGAAAAAAAUAAAUUAACCUUCUUCUCUGAGUUGUGUUUUCAGUGUUUUGCUAUAAUUCAUUCUCACUGAUACAAUGGAACAUGAUGGUCAGAAAUCCUAAAAAGGUAAAAAUAUUUCAAUUGAAGUGAGACCUUUGUAAUCAACUUCAUUUUUCUUUCAACUACUUUGAAAAGAGCUGAAGUUCUUGUUUUAUGAAGUAGUUGGUACCAUGAAAAGGGCAGAGAAAUUAUAGAAAGCACGCAGAUUUUUAAAAAAAUAUUCUCUUGAUACCUCGAUGCAGCGGAUCAUAGUCCACCUCCAUUAUUGGCAAUAACAUUUGAUGCUAUUCUGGAUGUCAAGAGUUUAGUAUGUUCCAGUGUUGUGUAUUGGCAGAUACUAGCUAUUUGUAUUAUACAGUGGGAAACUGACUAAGAAUAAACUAUUUUCCAAAAUAGUUUAUUACUAUAUCAGAUUUCUGUUGUAUUUUUCUAACUAAAUAAGUUUCUAGUACUGAUUGAACCUAGAGUACACUUUGUUCUGUGCCUGGUGGACCAUCGUUCUUCUAUUUAUCAUGACCUGGGGCCCUAUAAUGGAGGUUCUUCUGUUCUCUCCACCACAUUCUCUCACUCCCCAAAGGUUUGAAUAAAUCUUUUCAUUUCUUUUGUAAUAUAAUUUCAUGCUUCUGAUCAGGAGCUGAGUUUUCUUAGUAGGGGUAAUCUUAAACAAUAAAACAGAUAAAUGAAUAAAGGGAUUUUUAUAUU